AGCCUAUUUGGCCUGAUGAGGGAGAGCGACCGCAUGUGGUUCCCACCCAAUCACAUCCUCAAACUCGACCAAUCAGCAAAUGACAGUCUCCUCUUCAGAGUGAGGUACUACUUCCCUGGCUGGUAUGGAGACUCCUGUUCCCACCGCUAUGGGGUCAACAAGGGAAUGGACAGCCCGGUGUUAGACGAUACCGUCAUGUCCUACCUCUUCGCUCAGUGGCGUAGUGACUUUGUGCAUAGCUGGGUGAUUAUCCCAGUGAACCAUGAGGCCCAGGAGGAGUGUCUUGGCAUGGCUGUGUUGGACAUGAUGAGGAUGGCUCAGGAGAGUAGCCAGUCCCCUGUGGACAUCUAUAACGACACCAGCUAUAAGUCGUUCCUGCCCAAGAAUAUGCGUGCCCAUAUCCAGGAGUACCACUUUGUGACCCGGAAGAGGAUCCGCCAUCGCUUCAGGAAGUUCAUUCAUCAGUUCAGCCAGUGUAAAGCCACGGCUCGUGACCUCAAGCUCAAAUACCUGGUGAACCUGGAGACGCUGCACCCAGCCUUCUACUCGGAGUGCUUCCGUGUCACUGAGUCCUUGGAAGGAGAGGUCACCAUCGUCGUCACAGGAAACAACGGCAUCCAGUGGUCCCGGGAGGAGGAUAAGGAGGCAGACAAGGUAGGGGGAGAAGGUAUCCAGACAUACUGUGAUUUCCCUGAAGUUAUUGACAUCAGCAUCAAACAAGCCAACAAGGAUGGCUCUAUCGAGAGUCGCAUCGUCACCAUCAACAGACAGGACAGUCAGACUCUGGAGCUGGAGUUUCGUUCCCUGUCGGAGGCUCUGUCCUUUGUGUCUUUGGUGGAUGGCUACUACCGGCUCAUAGCAGACGCUCACCACUUCCUGUGUAAAGAGGUGGCGCCCCCUAGGCUGCUGGAGGCCAUUCAGAGUUACUGCCAUGGUCCAGUCUCGAUGGACUUUGCUAUCAGUAAGCUGCGGCGGUCUGGGAAUCACAAGGGUCUGUACAUCCUCCGUAGCAGCCCUAAGGACUACAACAAAUACUUCCUGUCUUUUGUAGUGGGCUGUGACAGCCUAGUUGAGUACAAGCACUGCCAGAUAGUGAAGACAGACCAGGGAGACUACGUCCUCUCUGGGGCCAAGAAGAUGUUUGGUUCUCUGAGGGAGCUGCUCCACCGCUACCAGAAAGAAGCUCUGCGCUCUGACGGACACAUCUUCCAGUUCACCAAGUGCUGCCCGCCUAAAGCUAAAGACAAGUCUAACCUGUUGGUGUGCCGCAGUAACCAGGGUGCUGAGGUCCCCCUGUCCCCAUCUCUGCACAGACACAACAGCCAGAUGGUCUUUCACAAGAUACGCAAGGAGGAUCUUGUCAUCAAAGACAGUCUGGGUCAGGGGACGUUUACGAAGAUCUUCUGUGGCGUGAGGAAGGAGCUGGGAGACUACGGAGAGAUUCACCAGAUGGAUGUCAUUGUUAAGAUCCUGGAUAAGGCUCACCGAAACUACUCCGAGUCGUUCUUUGAAGCCGCCAGUAUGAUGAGCCAGCUAUCCCAUAAGCACCUGCUCCUCACCUAUGGCGUGUGUGUCUGCGGAGAGGAGAACAUGAUGGUGCAGGAGUAUGGGAAGCUUGGCUCUCUGGAUACAUACCUAAAGAAGAGCUCUGUGAACAUCACCUGGAAGCUAGAGGUGGCCAAGCAGCUGGCCUGGGCUAUGCAUUACCUGGAGGAUAAGAACCUGGUGCAUGGGAAUGUAUGUGCCAAGAAUGUCCUGUUAAUCCGAGAGGAGGACAGGAAGACUGGGAACCCCCCCUUCAUCAAACUGAGUGACCCUGGAAUCAGCAUCACUGUGCUGCCCAAAGAUGUCCUUGUGGAGCGCAUCCCCUGGAUACCUCCAGAGUGUUUAGAGGAGGACAGACAUCUGACUCUGGCUACAGAUAAGUGGGCCUUCGGCACCACUCUGUGGGAGAUCUGUAGUGGAGGAGACAGACCACUCGGCACACUGGACUCCUCCAAGAAACGACUGUUCUAUGAGGACCACCACCAGCUGCCUGCGCCGAAGUGGACAGAGCUGGCCAACCUGAUCAACAGCUGUAUGGACUAUGAGCCCUCCAACAGACCCUCCUUCAGAGCUGUCAUCAGAGACCUCAACAGCCUCUUCACUCCUGACUAUGAGUUGCUGGUGGAGAGUGACAUGGUGCCCAACAGGGCCAGAGGGUUUGGGUUCCCAGGGGCCUUUGAGAACCAAAACCCUGCUCAGUUUGAAGAGAGACAUCUCAUCUUCCUCAAGCAGCUGGGCAAGGGUAACUUUGGCAGUGUGGAGAUGUGUAGGUAUGACCCUCUGCAGGAUAACACGGGGGAGGUUGUGGCAGUCAAGAAGCUGCAGCACAGCACAGCAGAACACCUCCGAGACUUUGAACGGGAGAUAGAGAUCCUCAAGUCUCUUCAGCAUGAAAACAUCGUCAAGUACAAGGGAGUGUGUUACAGCGCUGGCCGGAGGAAUCUGCGUCUCAUCAUGGAGUACCUCCCCUACGGCAGUCUGAGGGACUACCUCAUCAAGAACAAGGACCGCUUUGACUACAAGAAGCUCCUGCACUACGCCUCACAGAUCUGCAAGGGCAUGGACUACCUGGCGACCAAACGCUACAUCCACCGCGACUUGGCCACGCGUAACAUCCUGGUAGAGAGUGAGCUGAGGGUGAAGAUAGGAGACUUUGGCCUUACCAAGGUCCUGCCUCAGGACAAGGACUACUACACUGUCAGAGAGCCGGGCGAGAGCCCCAUCUUCUGGUAUGCCCCGGAGUCUCUGACAGAGAGUAAGUUUUCAGUGGGCUCUGACGUGUGGAGCUUUGGAGUGGUCCUCUAUGAGCUGUUCAGUGACAAGAACUGCAGUCCUCCGGCAGCGUUCAUGGAUAAGAUGGGCCGUGACAAGCAGGGUCAGAUGAUAGUAUAUCACCUCAUAGAUCUCCUGAAGAGAGGAUACAGACUGCCUGCUCCCCAGGAAUGUCCUGAGGAGAUCCAGCACAUGAUGACCGAGUGCUGGAACAAUGACCCAGCCCUGCGGCCCACCUUCAAGAAGUUAGCCCAGACCGUGGACAUGUUCCGGGACAGUAAGGAGGGCUGAGGAACCCUUCCUGGAGGUCUCUGCUGGAGGGGACCUGGCCCAGCCCACACCAAUCACCUGGGUUGUGUUCAUUAGGCACCAAACGGACUGAAAGGGAUUACCUGGACUUGUCCAAUAAGAAACGCUCGGUUUCCUUUUCUGUUGCAAAGCGUUUUGCUACGGUGUGCCCUAAUGAAAACAUCCCUGACGACGCCUCAACUCUAAAAGACGACGACAAUGAAGUCGCCUGACCCAACCGUCUUCUGGAGCAUUACCAAUGGCAUUUUGGGACAAAGUCUCAAAAACUGUCUACUUUGUGUUCAAACCUACCCACUUUUUCAGGGAUUCUGCGGAUCUCUGAAAUUACCAUAUGCUGUUACUUUGUUGUUUUCACUGUUUGCCUUCUGUCAGGGUCUCAGACUCUCUCCAGCACAGAACACCCAGCUGUUGAUGAUGUGUCU